UUUAGAUUCGAUGAGAAUAUCACGACUGACGUGAGAAUUGGCCGAUUGGGUUCCAAAACGACGUGUCGCAUAAUUUCCAACAGAAAAGUGACGCUGAAGUGCUUAAUGCUCUUUCAUUCUUUCCCAUCUCUUCUAAUUCCACACACACUACACAGAGCCAACCAAAGAAAGAAUAAAAAGGGAAAGCGAAUUCCGAAGAAACAUCCAUCCAUUCAUCAGAGAAACCGCAAAAUGGCUUCAGCGACUAAGCAGCAACAAGAGGGAGAGAAACCGGCGAAGCGAAAACCGGUUUUCACGAAAGUGGAUCAGCUGAAACCGGGAACCAACGGUCACACUCUGGUGGCAAAGGUGUUGUCCUCCAACACUGUGUUGCAGAAGGGACGACCCUCUUCUUCGCACAACAUUCGUCCCACUCUCAUCGCCGAGUGCCUCAUCGGCGACGACACCGGCACCAUCAUCUUCACCGCGCGCAAUGAACAAGUUGACAUGAUGAAACCCGAUAACACAGUUAUUCUUCGUAAUGCAAAGAUUGACAUGUUUAAGGGAUCAAUGAGGCUUGCUGUUGACAAAUGGGGCCGCAUUGAGGUUACUGAUCCUGCAAAAUUCGUAGUUAAAGAGGACAACAACCUAUCUCUGGUCGAAUAUGAAUUGGUGAACGUGGCUGAGGAAUGAUUCCACAGAAGAGUGCAAGUAUGGCUUUAUGAUCUGUUUAUGAUACAAUGGAUACUGGUGAUCAUGAAGGUAAAACAUAACUGUUGGUGGAUGGGUUGGUAUACAUUCUUACUUCUGUUAGCUGGUAUUUUCCUAUAACAUGUUUGACAUCUUUUAGUGUUAAGUUGAUGUCACUUGAACAAUGUUGUGUCCGUGAUCAAGUUUUGCUAUCAUCUAUGUAAGCAACUGUAUCCAAUGAACUUGAGAAAAGUAUAAUAUUUUGUUAAUAUAAUUAUUCACAUGUUUAUCCA